AAAAGACAGUGCUGUUAACCAAUAGGUGGCUGAAACAGCUUAGGGAGGGAAUGUUGUGGUUGGAUUCUCACAGGACUCUGAAUAUGCGUUUAGUACUGAGGUCUUAGUCACUUACUGUACAGGAGUCCAGUGUUUUGGUCACAUUCAACACCAUAGACAGCAACAAGCAAAAACUUUCUAGACAAGGACAGUCAGCUUCAGCACCAUGGACAGCUACACAGACUUAUUCUCAGCACUAUAGACUAUACACAGAGACUUUCAGCACCAUAGACAGCUACAUACAGAAAGACUUUCAGCACAAAAAACACGAGAGACUUUCAGCACCAUAGACAGCUACACGCAGGCAGCAGGACGUAGCUGCUCAGUGCAGACCUGCAGACCACUUUGCCUGUCUCUUUUCACUGCUCCAUUGAACAGCCAGUUCUCUGCUGGACUUCCAGUCCUCUGCACACAUCAUUGCCCAUCGCAGUUAUCUUCACGCACACGGCUCCGAGCUUUACUUUGGCUGUUAAUUUCUAUGCUCCUGUCCAAGCUUUUCAGCAAGAACAUUCACAUCUACUGGCUUCCGACUUUUUCUUGUGAUUUCAAAAGUCGGGAUGGCAUCACCCGGAUCUGGCUUUUGGUCUUUUGGGGCAGAGGACGGGAACAGUGAAUCUGACAACGCAGGUACAGCAAAAGCGUGGUGCCAAGUUGCUCAGAAAUUUACAGGAGGGAUCAGCUCAAAAUUAUCUGCUUUUCUUUAUGGAGAUGGGGAUAAAUCAGCAGACCCUGCCACCAAAGAUGAAAUGUGCUCUGGCAACAAAGGAAUAGCCUGCAACUGUGAGAAGAAUGUAUGCAACUGUGAGAAGGGCGAAAUAAACUUCUCCUUAUUAUAUUCAACAGAUCUUCUACCUGCAAAAAAUGGAGAGGCGGAAACACUGUGUUUCUUGCAAGAAGUUAUAGACAAUUUAUUGCAAUAUGUGGUCAAAACCUUUGACAGGUCAACCAAAGUGAUUGAUUUUCACUACCCAAAUGAGCUUCUUCAGGAAUAUAACUGGGAAUUGUCUGACCAACCACAGAACUUGGAAGGGGUCCUACUGAACUGCAAAACCACCUUAAAAUAUGCUAUUAAGACAGGACAUCCAAGAUAUUUCAAUCAACUCUCAACUGGUCUUGACAUGGUUGGAUUAGCAGCAGAUUGGUUGACCUCAACAGCAAACACCAACAUGUUUACUUAUGAAAUUGCUCCUGUAUUUGUAUUGCUGGAAUAUGUCACCUUAAAGAAAAUGAGGGAGAUGAUUGGUUGGCCUGGAGGAAGCGGUGAUGGAAUAUUUUCACCAGGUGGUGCCAUAUCUAACUUGUAUGCUAUGUUGAUUGCACGUUUCAAGAUGUUCCCAGAAGUAAAAGAGAAAGGAAUGUCAGCAAUCCCGAGACUGGUUGCCUUCACAUCCGAGCACAGUCACUUUUCAGUAAAGAAAGGAGCCGCAGCCUUGGGGAUUGGCACUGACAGUGUGAUCCUUAUCAAGUGUGAUGAAAGGGGGAAAAUGAUAUCAUCAGAUCUUGAAAGGAGAAUCAUUGAAGCCAAACAGAAAGGAUUUGUUCCAUUUUUUGUUAGUGCUACAGCAGGGACUACAGUUUACGGUGCAUUUGAUCCUCUCGUCGCGAUUUCUGAUAUCUGUAAAAAGUAUAAAAUCUGGAUGCAUGUUGAUGCAGCGUGGGGAGGAGGACUGCUGAUGUCGCAGAAGCACAGAUGGAAGUUAAACGGCGCUGACAGAGCUAAUUCUGUGACCUGGAAUCCACACAAGAUGAUGGGAGUUCCGCUCCAGUGUUCCGCUCUUUUGGUUAGAGAAGAGGGAUUAAUGCAAAACUGCAACCAGAUGCAUGCAUCCUACCUCUUCCAGCAAGAUAAACAUUAUGAUCUCUCAUAUGAUACCGGAGAUAAGGCUUUGCAAUGUGGGCGCCAUGUGGACAUUUUUAAGCUCUGGCUGAUGUGGCGAGCAAAGGGGACUGCAGGAUUUGAAGCCCAGAUAGACAAAUGCUUAGAUCUUGCAGAAUAUCUUUAUAAUAAGAUAAUGAACCGAGAAGGUUAUGAAAUGGUGAUUGAUGGAAAGCCUCAGCAUACAAAUGUUUGCUUCUGGUAUAUACCACCAAGCUUAAGACAUAUGGAAGAUAAUGAAGAAAGAAUGGAAAGACUUAUAAAGGUUGCUCCUGUGAUCAAAGCCAGGAUGAUGGAAUAUGGAACCACCAUGGUCAGUUACCAGCCCCACGGAGACAAAGUAAACUUUUUCCGCAUGGUGAUUUCUAACCCAGCAGCAGCUCAUCAAGACAUUGAUUUCUUGAUCGAAGAAAUUGAACGGCUUGGACAGGAUUUAUAAAGUGAUCCUUAUUCUGUUUGAAAGUCAUGGGUACACAAUAGAUUUGUCAGAGCUGUGUGAAUAUACAGUAUAUGUAGUGCGUUCAACAGUAAUUCUAUAUUGUGCCGUAUAACUUGAGUAUAACCGUGUUUGAGAAACACUUACGCCAUUUAGUUUUGCUUUUAGACGAUCAACUUGCUUCCAUUCAGACAUAUAGGAAAAAUUAUGUGUGUUAAAAUGAUUGCUACAGUACUUUAUGUGAAUGUGCCUAGUAUAUUAAAAGAUCAGGGCAUUUCAAAGGAUACUUCCUAGGGCAAAGACAUGAGAAGAAUUAAAAUACAGUAUAUGCAUUGCCUUUCAUAGUGUUAGAAUGGAUUUCUAAUUUACAUUUGAUAUAAAGACAUAAUUUUCCAAAAUGAUCUAUCUAUAUAUAUAUUACAAAUAUCCUAUUUUAUAAAGUACAGAUUUUAUUUUGUAUUGGUUAUAAAAUGAGCAUAAGGAUUAUUUCUGAGUAGAAAUAAUUAGGAGUCUUUAAAAAAAAUUAUAUAAACAAUGAUGCACUGAAUACUUAUUUUAGAAGUAGGUGGAAUAAAGAAUCAUUUACAAGUCAUUCUAUUGAUACUACAGUAUUUUAAAUCUCAAAUUUAUUUAGAAUAUGAAUGUUCAUAUGUUAAUUGUAAGUUAAGUUUGUGGAAGCAAUAACUGAGUUUGCUGUACUAAAAUCAGUGGUAAAUCUAGAUACUCAAUAUUCUUUAUGAAUCAUUCACUUCCCUUUACUGUAAUUCACCUUUCAUAAAGCAAAAUGCAAAAUGUACAGUGAAUGAAUGUAAAGAUGAGCAUACAGUAAUCAGCAGGUUUUAUCUAUUUCAUACCCAAGAAUACAUUUAAGUUAUUGUUAAAUAACUCUGAAUAAUUGUGCACUAACCUCCACCCAGGAACCCACGGUGUGGUCCAUGCAUGCAUUUGUUCCCUGGUCUGCAUGGAUAGUUUAUCAACCCUGGUUGAAAACCAGGAUUGUGUUUUAUAUUGGAGUGGUAUGUACAGCUGGACAUUUGAUGGGGUUGUUGUCCAACUCAGCCACCCACAAAUUUAACCCUGGCGACCCCGGCAAGAUGCUUGGAGAGGCUCUCCACAAAUUGCCCCAACCUUGCCUUUUGGUCUGAGCUACUGGCUUUAGGCUUACUGAUCCACUGGCUCUGAGCAUCCACCAUGAUGUACCCAUCAGUACAGUCCAGACGUACAGUACAGCAUGGGUGACAUCAUGAUGUCAUAAUGUCAUGACACAGCUAAGCAAGUCCUUCUCUUUACCAGAUGGCUCAGACUCCUAGAUAUAUUACUGAUUGUGUGAGCAUUCACAUACAUUGUGGCUCCUCAUUGUUCCACCAGUUUACCCACUUGUUAUACAGCCAAUUUAAAGUGGUACUCAUAAUUGUUUAACAUUUUAGGUGCACAAAUGUCUGAAGUAAAAUAAAAGUCAUGGUACUUUCCAUGUAAACACCCCUAUUAGCCUCAUAAGACGCACAAUCAGUAUGCACUGUGACCAAUACUUGACGUACAGUAUGGUGUUGUUACAUUGAUGAUGUAUCAUCAGUAUUUUAUAUAAUCUUAUAUACGUAAUUACUUAUAUAUAAUGUACAAUGACAAAGCUUGUGGCACUAGAAUCACAAUAUUAGAAAGAGAAAAAUGUUUAACUCAUGACUGUACUAAAGCGAUAAUAUGUUGCUUUCUGUUCAUUUCUUAUAUUGUAAUUUAAAGCUGAUGUAUACAAAAGAACAUUCUUAAUAUUUAAAAUGGCUACAAUAUCUCUGGUCUGCAUCAGUAAAAUGUAUACAGUUUUUUUUAUCCAUUUAGAUGCUUGCACUUUUACGUGUUCCAUGCAGCUUAUGUUAAGAUGAAUUGAGUCUAAUGGAGCCAUAAUCAGUUCUAAUUUUACAACAUGUCCCCACUAAAUCAAUUUGCUUACUACAGUAUGUUAUUAUCAACAAAAGAGAGUCCAGGCUUGUGAAUGCAGCUAAUUUCAGAUGAUUGCUCUUGCUAAUUUGACUAUUUCUCUUGCUCAGUUUAGAACCACUGAAAACUGAUGACUGAAGGUUCCCUGUGUUGAAAUAAAUGUUCCACAUAGCCCCUCCUAGCACUGUAAACAAGGAAUAUAACACUAUAUAUAUAUAUAUUUCAUUUUAAUAGAUGUCAAAAUCAUUUAACUGCUAACUAGUGAUUUGUUGGAGAUGUUAAUAAAAUUAUAAAUGAACAAAACUUUCAGGGAACCCAGAAAGAUGUCAAUGUUUUAUUUAUUAUUCAAAUAAUAAAUCAUUGUAAUUGAUUGACAAUCUGGCCCUUAGAAUUGGUUCACAUUUUAUUAUCAAUUAUUAAUAAUUAAAUUAAUGGUACCAUAUUUUAGAAAUUAUUUCCAUAUUUAUAUUCCACAGACUAAUUCCCUCACUCACUGCCCCUUCACUGUUCACUGCCCCUCACAGCUAAAUGUACCCAUCACUGCACUCACUGCCCCUCCCACAGCUCAUUGCCCACUCACAGCUUUCUGCCCCCCUCACACCACUCACUGCCACCUCCCAGCUCACUGCCUCUCACAGCACUUAAUACCCUCUCACAGCUCACUGCACUCUCUGCCCCAUCACAGCACUCUUUCUGCCCUCAUAGCACUCACUGCCCCCCACAACUCACUGCCCCCUUACAACACUCACAGCUUUCACUGUUCCCUCAAAGCUCACUGCCCACUCACAGCACUCUCUGCCCCCUCACAAAACUCUCUGCCCCAUCAAAGCAUUCUCUGCCCCCUCAUAGUACUCACUGCCCGUUACAAUACUCACAGCUCCCUCACAGCACUUACUGCCCCCUCACAAACCUCUCUGCCCCAUCAAAGCAUUCUCUGCCCCCUCAUAGCACUCACUGCCCCUUCACAGCUCACUGCCCCCUCAUAGCUCAUUGCCCCCACCUGCAGCACUCACUAUCCCUGCACAGCUCACUGCCCCCCCUUGAGCACUCACAGCUCACUGACCCCCUUCAGCACUCACUGCCCCCUAACAGCACUCACUGACAUCUCACCCCAUGCAGCACUAGCACACUUACUCGCUUACAUUUGGUCUUGCUUCAUUGGCAACAGCAUCCACCAUGUGGCUGUUAUGGGGUCAGCUCUUCAAUUCUUGGAGAGAUGACUCUGCCCUACACUGACUGGGGCCAAGUGAACACUGAGAGUACCAAAUUACCCUAACCCAUUUUUAUUUAUUUAUAAUUUGACUAAUUAUUGACAAAUUUAAGUGGAAAGAGGACUCAAACCUGUGUGGGACCUAGGGUCCUAUGUAGUCUUAAUCUAGCUCUACAAUAAGGUGCUCAGACCCUAUUCAUAUGUACCUUAAAGAGAAUAAGGUGCUAUCUAUGUACCCUUAAACUAAUACUUUGAUUGUUACUCAUAACCAAAAUUAAAUAAUAGCACAGAUCUUGACAGGUAUCAGCAUUAGUUAUAAAAAUAUAUAUCUGAUUCCACUAUGACCUAAACAACUGCAAAGACUAUAGCAAACCAAAUAGUAUUAAUUUUGCCUGAAUACUGUAUUAGUACUUACGGUGCAUAUAUCUGCAGCUCACCAUAUCUGCCAUUUAUUCUCAAUCCUUUGAUAAUAAUUACAUUUAUUGGCAUAAAGGGCCGAGACUUAAAUAAAACUCUCCUUCCAUUUAUAUAACACAGAUUACAACGGUAAAAUAUUUUUGAGUUUAUCAUUUUAAUAUGCAACAUUUUAAACAAAUAAUCCCUUUGAAUGCCUCCAUGUUUUUCAUGCCGCAGUCAGCUGAAUAAUUGUGUAUACUGGCUUUUUCAUUUUUAGCUAACCCUAGUUCAACUUUAUUUCUGAAAAUGUAUAAAAUUUACAAUACUCUGCAAUAUCUUUAAUUUAAAAAUAAAUAAAGUGCAAUGUGUGGUUCUGUUUCCUGCACACAGGAGUUGGUGUUGAUCGUAUGUCACGCAGAUGUGAAUUAAGAAAAAGAAACAAAUUUGUCUGUAACUGUGUUGCCUUUCUUAUAUUUAAUAUUACUGUCUCGUCACCUCAGAUUGAGGUUGUGUAUAGUGUGGCAGUUCAACCUGUGUUGAUGUAUAAGCUUUGUACAAUAUAUUAUUGAGAUUACUUUUAUUUUUAGUACACUUGUAUUAUUCUAUGUUGUUAUUGUGAAACUGGCUUAUUACAAAUUUUUUGGACCAAUGUACUUUCUUAUGAGAAAAUGCUGUCGAUAGCACAAUGUAUUCCUAAACAAACCCUCUACCCACAGGAUUAGCUGAAUAUUUUUAAUAAGUAUUUGUGAUAGAAGCACUGCCAUUCAGCAACAAAAAUAGACCAAAUAUGCCCUUUUAUUUAGGAGUAACUGCACAUAAAUACUGUAUGGAAGCUCAUUAUCUGGUGAUUGUGAUUGUCCUACAGUAACAUGUUCUUUUCCAGUGUCUAAAGCGUGUGCUUACGGGUCUUUGUUAAUUCCUGAAGUUGUUGUGUAAUAAAGAAGAUUUUGCUGUCUCUUUAGAGAAGGAAGAGCUACUUCUGUCUACCAAAUAAACGUGUUUUAUUAAAGUGUUGUAUUUUACCAAUGUUGUCUAUUUUAAAUCUAAUAAAGAUGUACAGAUGUGAUAAUA